CUAGUUGACUUUUCGGUCAACUUUGACCAAAGUCAAUCCAAUGUUUCUUUCGGGUCACAUACAUAUAACACUUUGAUUGAUACAUAUGGAAAGGCUGGUCAGCUUAAAGAAGCAUCUGAGACUUUUGUUAAGAUGCUUAAACAAGGCAUACCGCCUACCACAGUGACAUUCAAUACAAUGAUUCACAUUUGUGGAAACCAUGGACAGUUAGAGGAACUGAGUUCACUGCUGCAGAAAAUGGAAGAGGUGCGAUGCUCACCAGACACAAGGACCUAUAACAUUCUUAUCUCUCUACAUACUAAGCGUAAUGAUAUUGAUAUGGCAACAAAAUAUUUUAAAAGAAUGAAGGCGGCCCACCUUGAGCCAGAUCUUGUUAGUUACCGUACCCUCUUGUAUGCGUACAGUAUAAGGAAAAUGGUUUGUGAAGCAGAAGAGCUUAUAUCAGAGAUGGAUAAGAAGGGCCUCCAAAUUGAUCAGUUCACCCAAUCUGCUUUGACUCGGAUGUACAUCGAAGCCGGAAUGCUUGAGCGGUCCUUGUUAUGGUUUCAUAGGUUUCAUCUGGCUGGCAAUAUGAAAUCUGAGUGCUAUGUUGCCAACAUUGAUGCAUAUGGAGAGCACGGACAUAUUUUGGAAGCUGAGAAAGUCUUCCUUUGGUGCCAAGAACGGAAGAAACUCAGUGUCCUUGAGUUCAACGUGAUGAUUAAAGCUUAUGGUAUAGGGAAAUGCUACGAUAAAGCAUGUCAAUUGUUUGAUAGUAUGGAUAAACACGGUGUAGCCGCAGACAGGUGCAGCUAUAGCUCUCUCAUACAAAUUCUGGCCAGUGCUGACCAGCCUCACAUUGCCAAACCUUAUUUGAAAAAAAUGCAGGUGGCAGGAUUAGUGACUAAUUGCAUCCCAUAUUGUGCUGUGAUUUCCAGUUUUGUAAAAUUAGGACUCUUGACAGAUUCAUUAAGCUAUAACAAUGUCCUUGACCUGUAUGCUAAUGCUGGGAGACCCAAAGAAGCAAUACAAACUUUCAAGGACAUGGUAACAGCUUCAAUACAACUUGAUGAUUGUAGUUUAAGAUCACUUAGAAAUCUUUUGCUUAAAUAUGGAGCAUCAAGGCAAGCUCUUGACAAAUUACAAGUAUCAAUGAAAAAGGACACUUCCAAUGGUUUACAGGCAUGGAUGUUGGCACUCACAAGUGUGCUUGAAAUGGAUGAAUAUGAUAACAAAUAGAUUUAUUCUCUGCACUUGGUCUUCAAAGACAUUGCUUUGUUAGGCUCACAAAGUUUUGCUGAUGGAUAUGAGAAUUCCAUCAGUAUGACAGCAUGCUGG